GACAGGACAGUGCAGUACUGAUGCCGAUAGUGUAUAUUAUAUAGUUCCCGGAUGUGCCGCUGGGGGCGCUGUGUGGAGCUGUAGUUCCCCGGGGGUGCCGCUGGGGGCGCUGCAGUGCAGGAGGCAGAACUGGGGUGAGUGCGGCUGCAGGCUGAGAGUGGGUACAGUGAUGAUUCUGGAGGUGUGUCUUCGCAGUAAACAGCAGGUGCUGCGUGUGAUUGGCCGACAGCUGGUCCGGAGCAGUUCGUCCAGUGCCCCGCUGAGUCGGACCGAGCUGGACGAUGUCCCGCCAACCGCCCACCCGCUGUUCUCCCACGCCGCCAUCGGCAGCUUCUUCCAGGAGCAACCGCUGCUCAAGAACCCCUUUACCCAGGAUGCACUGCUGCGGGCGUACCUGCGAAGGCACCUGCCCGUACAGGACGUGGAAUCGGACCUUCGGUUGUUCGGGGAGCGAGUAGCAGAUGAGAUUGAUGAUCUGGGGCGCCAGUGUGAGCAGAAUCCCCCCCGGCUGCAGCAGUAUGAGGCCUGGGGGCAGAGAGUCGACCGCAUCAUCACUUGCCCCGCCUGGACACUCAUGAAGGAGAUCUCGGCUCAGGAAGGUCUGGUCGCAGCGGGAUACGAGAGACGUUACGGGGAGUGGAGUCGCGUGUAUCAGAUGAGUAAGCUGUACCUUUACGCUCCAUCUGCUGGACUCUACAGCUGUCCACUCGCCAUGACUGACGGCGCCGCUAAAGUUAUAGAGUCUUUGGGAAUGCCUGCUAGAGAAGCAUUUGAACGCUUGACGUCGAGAGACGAGAAGCAGUUCUGGACAUCGGGACAGUGGAUGACCGAGAGGAGAGGAGGCUCAGACGUCGCAAACGGGACGGAGACGGUUGCCAGGCGACAGGAGGACGGACACUUCCGGCUGCAUGGAUUUAAGUGGUUCACCUCAGCGACUGACGCCGACUUCACACUCACACUCGCUCGCAUUGCCGACAGCAGGGGACACACCACGCCGGGCAGUCGGGGCGUGUCUCUGUUCUGCGCGGAGGUCUGGGGUUCUGAUGGACGAACCAACGGGAUCCAGAUCCAGAGACUGAAGGACAAACUGGGGACCAGACAGAUGCCCACUGCCGAGCUGCUGCUGGACGGCAUGCAGGCACAACUGUUAUCGGCUGAGGGAAGGGGUGUGGCCUCCAUAGCUAACAUGCUAACGCUUACUAGGAUCCACAACACAGUGUCAGCUGUAGCGGCGAUGAGGAGGAUAGUGCAGCUGAGUCGGGAAUACUCUAAUAAACGCUCCGUAUUCGGGAAACUGCUGAAGGAUCAUCCACUGCACGUCCAAACCCUCACCAGACUGGAGGUGGAGACCCGUGGUGCAUUCCUGAUGCUGAUGGAGGUGUGUCGUCUGCUGGGUCGAGAGGAAACGGGCGGAGCUUCAGAGAGAGAAUCACACCUACUCAGACUGCUCACACCUGUAGUCAAACUCUACACCGGCAAACAGGCGGUUGCUGUGGUAUCUGAGGGUCUGGAGUGUUUCGGGGGUCAGGGUUAUAUAGAGGACACUGGACUACCGGGUAUGCUGAGAGACGCACAGGUGUUGAGUAUAUGGGAGGGGACGACUAAUGUCUUGUCUCUGGAUGUCCUGCGCUCUGUGUCGAAGUCGGGAGGUCGGGUUCUGCAGGCGUUCUUCUUGGAUGUGGAGGAGCGUCUGCGGUCGGCCGGUCCCGCUCUGGCUCCUGCUGUAGAAGCUUUAGGCUCCUCCCUCUCGGCUCUCGCCAAGUUCAUCCAGAAAACAGCAACUCAGAACCCAGAGAAACUGGAGCUCGCCGCCCGCGACCUGGCAUACAGCCUGGCACGCAUCUACAUGGGAGUGUUGUUAGUGGAUCAUGCGUCGUGGGAUGAAGCUUCAGACGCUGAUGUCUAUGCUGCCCUGAGGUGGUGUGAGCGUGACCUUUGCCCGGUGGUGAGCGUUGAUGCCCGGGGCGGGUACAGUGCCGAGGCUACAGCUACAGACCGAGCACUGCUGUACCAGGGCCUGGAGGAUACCACCUAAACACACACACAGGCUCGUUUUACUGUUCCUGUGAGGACCUUCCAGAGACUAAAUUACAUCAGCCUUAUCUGUAACUUUAUACAGAACUUCACAUUUACGAUUAUUUCGUUAUUUUUCACUACUUUAAGAAACGUCCCCCAAAAACCAUCAAAUCAUGACUUACUACUGUCUCUAUAACGACACCCGGUCCUCACAAAUAUAGAAAACCCAAACUCUCUGUCAAGGUUUUUAAUAAUAGAGUGAGAUCCAGGUUCUCUGGUAUAUUUACAGCAUAUUUAUCAGCGAUGCAGAACCAUAAAUACCAUAACCUGCAUUAUAUAAUAAAUACAGUCAGAUACUGUUCACAUAAACGUGCCUUUUGUUCAUAAAACUGAUGAAUAAAAUGAUUAUUCUAAUUAAAAACUGAUUAUUAGAAACACUGCUGUCUGUAUUCAGUUUAUUAAUAAUUAAACUGAAAUAUUACAGCAGAAAUCCUGAUUAUACUGCAGACAGGAAAAGAGAAGCAGUGUGUGAAUGGAGUUAUAAUAUAUGUAUAUAUAUACACAGUUUAUACUCUAAACAUACUCUAAACAUAUAUGCUAAUGUGUGUAAAAUAAUAAUAAUUAUUAUUAUAAUAUAAACACUGGUAUAAAAUGAGUGUGUAUAGAUUAAGUAUUAUAUUUGUGUCAGUAAUAAAUGUUUUUACAGUAUUUUUUAGUGAUAUUAAGUGAAAUAAAAGUGUGAUUACGAGAAA